CUUUAUAAGUGGGGAGCUGGGCGAGGGGCUCAGAGCCGAGUUGUGUGUUUGUGUCUUCGGGUGCUGCUCUACUCCCUUGUGUCCGUGGGCUGGUGAAGCCGGAGCUGGCCAUGGGGAGCCGCUGGGGGAUCGCCGUGCUCGGCCUCUUCUGCUUCGUCUCCUGCCUGGAGGCCAUCACAAGUUCUCCCAAGAUCCAGGUGUACUCUCGCCACCCCGCGCAGAUUGGAGAGAGUAACAACCUGAACUGCUAUGUGUCUUCGUUCCACCCACCUCAGAUCAGUAUCCGACUCCUGAAGAAUGGCCAGGAGAUGCCAGGUGUGGAAAUGUCUGACCUGUCUUUCAGCAAUGACUGGACCUUCCACCGUCUGGUCCACACUGUCUUCACACCCAGCAACCAAGACACUUUCGAGUGUGAAGUUGUUCACGAAGGUGUUAAAAAAACUGUCAAAUGGGAGCCAGACAACUAGCCGCAUGUGGCAGGCCCGAAGAGGGAGCCAUGCACUGAAAUUCUCAAGAAACAAACACCCUUCUUCCUGUGAUUUUUCCAGCAAAGCUUCUUCAGUGGCUGACUAUAUCGCCCAGCUUACAACCAAGAGCAGAAUGCCUGCCAUAACUGUCGAGAGCCUCCCAUCUGACCCGGGCCUUCUUAAUAGGCCAGAAUGCAAGGCAGAGCCCAUUUGGGGCCUCAAUUUGGAUUUGACACUGCUAAGUCUAGUUACCAUCCGUCGCCAACAGGGCCAGCUAUACGCUCCAGCUGAGGGUGGGCGCUAGCUGACCAGAGAAGCCUCCAUCUGAUCCGACUUCCACUCUGGUGCCCCUUCCUUUACCCUAGACCCCACUAGUCACCACAGUCCUCAGCCUUAGGUCCCAGGACCUUUCCCUGCUUUGCUUAGAAUAUCACAGAAAGCAGCCACGGAGUGAGAUCGCCACAGCUGGUUUUCUAUCAGGCGCUUUUAACCUACCAGCUGACGGAGUUAAUUUUUGAGUUGUGUGAAAUCUGUCUGUGCCUUCCUAAUAAAAGUCAUGGUACAGUGUCUAACCAA